UAGACGCACGUAUUCCGCAGAUUAUUUCGCGAUUAAAUAUUUAACUUUAUUAUAAAAAAUAUUUUAAUAAUGAUGAUGUUCUUAAAGUUUAUUUUUUUAUGUUUACUGUUUGUGAAUUUCGUCAACUGCGAUGACAGCGAGGAGUCUCCAAAAUCAACGGGUUUAUCAGUUUUUCACAAUGAUACGAAACAACUACUUGAGCUGUGCUUUCCUGAUAAAUUGAACCCUGUGGUUAUAACUGUUGACUUGAUUGACAUCAUGUUCGAAAUUUCAAUGAACGAAAAGGUCAACGCGUCGAUUGUAACAAUCGAUUAUGAUUUCAAGUCAACUGCGAUGAAAUGGUUCUAUCCAAAUCAUCCUUCGUACAUUCUAUCAGCAGAGUCUGAUAGAAAACUAAAAGCUCUUCUUCACGAAAUAAAAUCGUCGAUUAUUUGGAACGUCGAGUCAUUGGUUUUCGUUGUUGAUGAAAAUUGUGGAAAGGCAAUGAAAGUACUGAGGAUGGUGUGGGACAAUGAAGCCCUUGGAUCAUUUUACGUUUGUCGAGAUCAAGUCAACAAAAAUACGAUGGUGUAUACAUUUAACCCCUACACUGAUAGAGCACCGAAACCCUGGAAAAGAGUUAAGAAGAAAACGAGUGAUAAUCGAUGGACAUUGUAUAGGCAGACAUUUAAAAACGAUUCAGAAUCGUGUCAAAGUUAUCAUUUUGACAAAACCAGAAUUCUGGACGGUUUUCCAGUAAAAGGUUAUGCACCUUAUUCACUCCGUGAUAUUUCAUCAAAUGAACUCGAUUUUACCGGAAAGCCACGAUUCGUUUUUGAAAAGAUAUUUUCAAUGUUGAAUGUCACACCGGUGAUGCACUACCAUUGGCCUCAUGAAGUUUUACACUCUAACGGAACUAAAAAAUUAUUUAAUAAUAAUAUUUACGAUGUAUGGUUCGAUUUAAAACCACUCGAUAUACUUUAUUACGAAUAUCUCGAUGUUAUUCCUCUAUACUCGGAAGACGGCUUCACGAUAGUAACAAACUCACGUUCUACUCCAAUCCUUGAAGAAAUUGUCGACAGUAUGUUCAGUUAUCAAAGUAUGACACUCUCGAUUAUUAUUCUAACUAGCAUUUAUGUACUUAUCUUAGUCAAUAAUAAGUUCAAUUUUGUUGAAACUUUUUUCGAUAUCGUUUUGUUGGUAUUGAAUAUGGGGAUGACGACACGCAUAGAGCGUUUAUUUAUGCGUAUUACUUUUUUAUCUGCAUCUUUAUUUAUAUUGAUGUUCAAUCCAGCAUUAGAGGGUCAACUCAUGGCGUUGCUUGCAAAACCGAGUUACCGUAGGGUUGAAAAUUUGAAUGAUUUACAUUCACAUAAGUAUAAAAUAUUUUUCGACGAUAGUAUCCGUGAUUAUAUAUUCGACACAGAAAUAUGGUCGAGUGAUUCUGAUAAAGAAUACUUGUAUGAAUCAUAUAUAAAUGGUUAUCAACAAUGCUACCAUUACAUUAUGAGAGAUUAUGCAUCAGGUUCGGUAGAAAUCGGAAUGUCAGAGUCGAUUAAGGUAAUAGAUUCCGUUCCGAUAAAUUAUUCACUUCCAGUAAAUUUUUCUCAUCUGAUUAAUGAUUCGCGCCCGAUUAAUAUGUCAAGUCCGUUAAAGUCUCUAUAUUUGGAAUAUGAAUCAAUCACAAAAGAUUCUUUCGCAGCUUGUAUAUUUGCUUAUAAGUUUCGUAAUUGGGCAUAUAACAAGGAUCUAUACAUUUCGAAAGACAUAUUAUUCAAAUCGUACAAUGUGUUUAUGAGUCGUAAACGUUGGAGUUUGAAAAAUAAAAUCGAUAAAGCAGCAAUGAAUAUUUUUGAAACCGGUCACAUUCAUUACGCCGAACGCUUUGAACUGUAUAAAGAAUCAAAAAGAAAAACGAAAUUAGCUGCUAGAAUUGAAUCAUAUAAAAGUGGAUUCGAUCAAUUAGAGUUUGAAGAUUUUCGAAUAGUUUAUCUUUUCGGUACGUUGAGCUUAAUGUGGACGUUCACUGUUUUUAUUUUUGAAAUAAUGUUCAAAAAAUUAACAGAUCUAUCUGAAAAACGUUCGCAAAAAUUAGAAAUGAAACGAACUAAACUACGGCGAAAAUUAGCAUUGAUCAAUAAACAAACUUCCGUUGCUGAAACACGGGUUUAAUUAUUCGUAUUGCUGUAAUAUUGCGUGUCUUUUAUGACUAAAUUUAUUAAUAAGGCGGGUAUAAAGCACGAAGUUCCUUGGAUAAAUCGUCAAUGUUUUUCUUGUCAAUGAAGUAUUGCGUUAAUAAGAUAAUUAAACAUUUGUCUAACAAUUUUUUAAGUCUUUGAUUUUGACAACAUCUCGUAUUACCAAAGUUCAAACCGUAAAAAUUUUGCGUUAACAUAACAUCAUUUUGUUUUUGAUAAUGAAACUAAAUAACGGACAGUAUUUGUUCUUUACAUUGUAAAAAGUUCGGAGUGAAUCCGGAGUGAAUUUGGAUUGAAAUUAAAUCCGAAUUCACUCCGCAUUCACUCCGCCACUCGGAGUUCCAGAGUUUUCAAAAAAAUCACUCCGCAUGCAGAGUGAAUUGGGAGUUUUUUUUUAGCGGAGUGAUCUCGGAGUGACGGGGAUUUUAUUUCACUCCCAAUUCACUCCGGUCCGGAGUUUUAAUACUUAAAUAAAUUUAUAUUAAACUGCUAAACAAUGUGUGUGUGUGCGAGUGUGUGUUUGCGUGCAUUUGGGUGUUUGGGUGUGGGUAGGUGUUUGUGUGCGUGUGUGCAAAUGUAUGCGUGUGUGCAAAUUUGUGCGUGUGUGCGAAUGUGUGCGUGUGUGCAAAUGUGUGCGUGUGUGCGAAUGUGUGCGUGUGUGCAAAUUUGUGCGUGUGUGUGUUCGAAUGUGUGCUUGUGUGCAAAUGUGUGCGUGCGUGUGUGUGCGAGUGCGCGUGUGUGCCUAAAUAUGUAUGUGUGUGCAUAUCAGCUGAUCAAUAAUGUAAUACCUGAAUUUUUACUUCGAUUUUAUUGAGUGGAGUUAUAUUUUAUUAAUAAUAUUUUCAAAACUCUACUCCGGAGUGAAUUUCACUCCGAGGGGAGUGAAUAAUUAAAAAUUCAUUUACUCCGCAUUCACUCCGGAUUGAAUCCGCAUUCACUCCGCGAAUUUUUUACAGUGUAUUUGAUGAAUUUAUGAAGAAAUAUAUUCUAUUUUCUGUCCUUGCUGUUCUUGAACUAAGUAAUUAAAUAUUGCGUGUCGUGUUGUUUGACUCAUAUAUUCAUUGAUUGAUAUUGUGUGUUGUUAUAAUGAUCGACUUUUUAAUAAAGUAUAUAAAUUCGAAAAUAUUAAUCGCUUGUUGGCACCAAAUUAAAAAAUUUUCAUGUUCUGUAUGAAAUAAAUUGGAUAUAAUUUUCAUUAAUUCUGUUUAUUCUCAUGUGACUUAUAUGGCCGCCAUAUACUUAGAUAUGUAAUGUUCAGUAGGAUGACCCAAGGAAACCAACAAUUUUGUCUGUUUAACAUAUUUAAAGAGCCCUCUUCAAAAAUCAGCUCCAUAAAAAAUUUUCAAAGGGUAACUUAAGAAUUUUGAAAAUUCAAAAAAUGACAGAAAUUCGGAUUUUUGUUUUGUUAAUGUUUUCUUUCUCGUAACAGCAAUAGUUUAUAUUUGUAAAACCCUGAUUAAAAACUCCGAUUGAAACCGCUGAAUUCCGAUUGAAUCCGAUUGGUUCCGAUUAAAAUCCGAUAGACUUUCAAUCGAAAUUCAUUGGUUUCAAUCAGAGUUUUUAAUCAAGGAAAUCAUUAAUACUUUAAAAUUUUCAGCCCGAAAUUUAAAUAUUUAAACGUCGCUUAAGAAUUUCAAAUGUUUCCGAGUACUUUUGGACGUUUUCGAGCGACGCUUGAAUAUUAAUAUUAAGGCAUCUCGAUUUUUCACCGUCAAUUUAUAUCACAAUGAAAACAAAUAGAACCUCAGAAGUUGAACAAAUAAGUUACUUACAUACUUCAUCUUUUUUAAUCCAAUUUUUAGAUGUUUUUGGUCAUUCGGAUCUUACUUAAUUUGAUAA